AUGACUACUGAACAGGGUGAAACCAAUUCUGGGGCUCCCAGCGAGCUCUUGCUGGAGUUUCUCGACAGUGUCAUGUACAGGCGUUUUGAUACCGCAUUGAUCCUCUGUCGUAAGAUCAUUGAGCUUGAACCGGAUAACUACCAGGCUCGGGCAUUUUUACCUAUGCUGGAGGACGCCCACUCCAUGAAGUCGAAAGGCUAUUUCAAUCCUCUCAUGCUUUCCUCGGAUUCUGAGUCUGAAGAAUCUAGUGGAGAUGCCAGGGACCAUCGAACCGAUAAUCGGGUUGCUUCUUCGUCUUCCUCGUCUUCAGUCGAGUGGGACUACAGCACAACGACAUCUGAGUCAAGCGGAUGUUCCGAAAAUGACGAUGGAGAGCUGUAG